AAGUGAUUCCACCUUUUUGGCUACUGCCGGUACAAAAUUGCUCUUAAUGUGGUUACAUCGUCCGUUGGCAUCCGAGAUGUAUUUAUGGAAUUAUCGGUGAAUCAAGUGCCUUGCCAGAGCUGCUUCAGUCACGACAUAAGGCUUUUAUGAAACGUGAGCGCGCAUACUCAUUGUCCUUAUAUCGUCAAAAUGAAUGCAUGGAAAUGAUCCAACCUAUAAUACGCAGCUGGCCAAUAUUGUCAUUAUUAUUGAUGCCAAUGUCAUCGUUGUCCACUGCAGCCAAGCGCCUGGACGUUUGCUGUAGCCUACUAUACACAGUAGUAGUAGCAGCUGAUCUUGUAGGCUGCAACUCGAAUCUGUCCGGUAGGUGGCAGUGAAUGUGCUCAUGCAGCUUGUCAUUGAAACCUGUAGUAUCCCACAGCCAGAUGCCUGCUUUCCCAUAUUGCUGAGUGGAGUUUGAGCGCAGAGCGGUCUCCCUGUCAGUGCGAUAGGGGCAGAGGUAGAACAGCAUUGAGGGGCUCGGGCUCUGCGCUCUCCGUCAGCGCGGAGUACACGAACGGAAUUUGAGCUGGAGAAACAGGCGGCAGCAAGCCGGGGAGAGCCGAGGACUCACAACCGCGCAGAAAGAGGACCUCGGCAGGAAAAGUGGAACGAAAUAUUAAAACUGACUUGUGAGCAAUGCACUGGCAGCAUGGCCAAAUGGUUCAAGGAACACCUGGGAUUCAAAACCACCAAGGCGCCACCUCCGGCUCCCCCAAAACCCGACUACAGACAUUGUCACCCCGCUGUGCCCGGAACGCCUGGGUACCAUCAGCAAAGCUCUGGGGCUACUUCACACUACCCAAGCCCAGCUCAACCGGACAUUCUAGCUGCCUACAAACUACAGAAGGAAUUGGACUUCGAGGACCCUUACACGGGAGGCGGAAACAUUUCAUUCUCAACAGGCAUGAGUUCUGUGGGGUCGCAGGACAUAAAAUACGUAUCCCCGAAGCACCGGCUUAUUAAGGUGGACACGAUCGAGAAAGGCAACCCUGCAACUGGCACGAACAUUAUAUCAGCGCCUGCUGUUUCUGCUGGGAACGUCAAAUCUCCAACUUCGCCUCCCGUGGAACAGGACAACAAGCAAGAGAAGCUUGUCAUCCUUGAGGACUAUGCAGACCCCUUCGACGCCGAGCAGGCUGGCGGGACCCAGGGUUCCGCAGAGAAGGCCACGGAGAACGACGGUUACAUGGAGCCCUACGAGGCUCAGAAGAUGAUGGCAGAGAUCCGCGGCGGGCGGGCCCCGAAGGACGGGCCGGUGCGGCAGCUGCCCCUGUACGACACGCCCUACGAGCCGGAGGAGAACGGGGGGGACUCGGACCCCGAGCGCCCCCCCUGCCCCCGGGAGAGCCGGCUGCCCCAGGACGACGAGAGGCCCCCCGAGGAGUACGACCAGCCCUGGGAGUGGAAGAAGGACCGCAUCUCCAAGGCCUUCGCAGCAGUAGAGAUUAAGGUCAUCAAGGACCUGCCCUGGCCCCCACCGGUGGGGCAGCUGAGCAGCACCUCCCUGCUGGCCGAGGGCGUGGAGGUUCCCACCCAGCCGGCCCAGCCCUCGCCCGGACAGCCCGCCUGCGACCAGCACCAUCACGUUCGACGGGGCGGAGAAGUCCAGAGUGUCGCCCACCAAGGAGGGCAAGGCGCGCCCGGUCCAGCGCCACUCCAGCGGCUGCCUGGUGAACACCAAGCAGGGCUCCCAGGACCACAGCGGCCCCGCGCUGGGAGAGCGCAUCGACCCCUCCGUGCCUCUCGAGAGCCAGUUCUGGUACCAUGGAGCAAUCAGUCGGAUAGAUGCGGAGUCCCUCUUGAGGCUGUGCAAGGAGGCCAGCUACCUGGUGAGGAACAGCGAGACCAGCAAGAACGACUUCUCCCUCUCCCUCAAGAGCAGCCAGGGCUUCAUGCACAUGAAACUGACCCGGACCAAAGACAGCAAGUACAUCCUGGGCCAGAACAGCUGCCCGUUCGACAGCGUGCCCGAGAUCAUCCACUUCUACUCCAGCCGCAAGCUGCCAAUCAAGGGGGCCGAGCACAUGUCCCUGCUGUACCCCGUGGCCAUCAGGACGCUGUAGCGCCCCACCCCGAGCCGCGGAGGCCUCAGAGGCCGGGGGGGGCGGGGGUCCACCUCCUCAGCCCAGGGUCUGGUCCCAUGCCCACUCCCUCUCCCUCACCUGGGUCCGAGGAGGCGAGGGGUCAGAGGUCGAGUAGCGAGGAGUGAGCGGAGCGGAGCGGAGCGGGGGUAGCGAGGGGGUCGGAGAAGAUCAAACCCAUGCGUCAAUCAAAGAUGGCCGCCCCCCUUCCCCCUUCGCUCUUGGACCCUGUCGCCAUGCCUCCUCAGUCUGUCAGCAUGUCGCUUGUUAACACAGGUCCUGUUACUGAUCUCAGACCUGUCACCCUCCACCCCCUCUCUUACAUCAGUCACUCACCUAGGUCACCUCACUGAUCUCAGACCUGUCAUCCUCCACCCCCUCUCUUACACCAGUCACUCACCUAGGUCACCUCACUGAUCUCAGACCUGUCAUCCUUCACCCCCCUCUCUUACACCAGUCACUCACCUAGGUCACCUCACUGAUCUCAGACAUGCCAACCCACCCCUUUCUCACAUCACUCAGUCACACAGGUGACCAAGUGCUACUCUGACCUGUCACCUUUCCGUCCACAACACUCAACCCAACAGGUCACCUCUGUUGUGUCUCUCAUUUAAGCGGAAGUUCAGUCUGGUCUUCUGUAGCCCAGUAUUGUACGGAAAGUACCUUCUCUUUCUGCGUUCUUCUUCCCCUAAAGCAACGGAAGGCCACGUGGCAGAGAAUGCAGCAGCUGCAUUGAUUGUGUGAGAAUGUAUAAGUUAAUUUAGAUGUUCGCUGUUGUGUGGCCCACACAAUCAAGUCAGGUGCUCGCUCAUCUUCAGAAGAUGUUUUGCCUCUUCUGCCGUUCGAGCUGACAGCACGAGUCGGCUCUGACAAGUGGCUUCACGGAACAGACGAUUGACUCUCAAGCGAGCGGAAAAAAAAAAAAAAUCAGCCGAUCUGUUUUAAUUUUCUCCUGCUUCUAGUCCGUUACUCGUCUGUCACAACACCCUCGUCGUUAUCGCCAUCGUUGCUUCGUCAGCCUAACAGUUCCUCGGAUGGAUUCGGCUGCCCGAGCACAUUUACCUGUUAAAUGUAACAAAAUAAAGACUUUUUGUUUUAAAUGCGGGGAGAAAUCGACCAAUCAGGCACUGCAAUACAUUUUUAAUUCUUCAAUUCGGGGCCGAAGGUUUAAGUCAGGAGGAAAGUGUCUAGGACGGGAGCCAUUGGUACUGCGCGUCGAGGCUGUUUAUGGAGACGUUCGUCAAAAAACACUAGUCAAGGCGCUGCUUGAAUUCAAGCUUUUGGCCAAAAUGUCGGCACUCGCUAAUGAGCUUAUCGGUAUCUCGGCUCGGUUGUGUAAAAUCGGGCUGCUCCCAUUGGAUGGGCAUAAUGGCCACUUUGUUUUCCUCAAGAACAGGAGACCUCUCAAUCCCAGUGCAUUAGCUGUUAACCUGGGACGUAUAGUAUGAGCAACAGUCCCUUUGCACCAUAUCCUGGCGAUUUUACAAGCCAUCGCCGUGCCGCCUGCUUUCGACUUCCAGUUUUUAGUAGCCUAUUUAUAGCCCACCAGGUGAACGUGUUAAAAUAGCUCAGCAAGCAGACAUAGCAGCUCACUCCUGGUAGCGCUAAUUCGAAAUAUCCACGGACUCAGACUCUCCCUGAAAUUAAGGAGAAUGUUCCCACCCCUGUACCCAGAAUCCACCAGAAAUUAGCCAAAAUAUCUUCCUGUUUUCAUGGAACGAUGUUAUUUGGGUCAGACUUUUACCUAGCGGUUAAUGUGUUUAUAGCUGUGCCGGCAGUCCAUAGCAGGCUCACGUAGUAUUCUGGUGUAGUGUUCUUAGAAAGAGUACUAAGCGCACUAGCAUAGUAUUCUGACAAAAAGAAGGUCAGAAGUCGGUUGUGGAUUGGAGUUUGUAUGAAUCCCAGUCCCUUAGCUGGUUUCCUGCUUGCGUUGAGGACCAUACGCCAUGUCGUAUGUGUGGAUUCAGCACCCAGCCCACACUGGGUGAAUCAGCAGGCUGAGGCCGAUUAAAUGGUCCGCUGUUUUACUCCCCCUGCAUCUCCCAGAUGAGCAAUGGGCCAUCUUUAAAUGCCAAUUGAUGCCCCCCCCCCCCCCAAACAAAAACCUUUGAACAGAGGAACAAAAUAUACCUGCAUUGUCUACCUCAGUAAAUCAAUUUAAUUUACCCAUCUUCAGAUCGAUAGGUACUAUGGGAUUACAAAUAUUGACUCCCUCCCCCCCCCCCCCCGCCCACCACACUACUGCUUCAUUUCCAGUAUUCAUAAAAUUGCAUCAUUUGUUUUGAAAUAUAUAUAUUUUUUUUACACUGAGUUGACGUUAAUCAAAUGAGGGUCAAAGUUUUUUAAAAAGCAGUCUUAUGUUCCAUCAUUGGUAAGUGUACGUUAGUCUGUAAUAUUGUGUGAUGCCAGUAACAGAUGUUUGGCUAAUGCCUUAUAUUGCAUGGGUAAAAUCAGCAAACGAUGUCGGCUGAUUUCCAGAGUUCUGCUUUCAAAAGAUUGUUCUGUAGUUGUAAUUUAUUAUGGGGGGGGUUAUCGCUGACGCGUUUCUCCCGGAUUUAAGGGAGACACCUCAGCGCUCCUCGCUAUAUUUGUGCCAGUGUGAUCGUGUUUGGGCAGAGCUUGAAAAACCCCUCUAGCUACAUCUACUGUAGUACUUCGCGGUUGUGUUUAGAUUUCUGCUUCUCAUCUCGGCCUCCAUGGCCUGUUGCCGAGAGCGACAGUGGACAGGAACGGUGGCUUAACUGUGUAAAAAAACCUACGGACCGGAAAGAGCAAGGCCCGCUCCCUCUGAAAGGACUGCGUCAGUGGAUCACACCGACCUCCCGCAACAGCGCCACCUGGACUUGCAUUUCUUCAGUGCCACUUUGUCUAUCGAUUAACUUCUCUAGGACAAUAAUUUUUUCCUCCCACCUGUUUUUUUUUUUGCAUGCUCCCCUGCUCCAACACAGGCUUCAAGCUUAUGGAGGUGUACCGUAGGUCUUUCUAAUGUGUCUUUCAGGCCACCGAAGACCAGAAUCGGUGGACUGUGACGGCAUGCCCGUGCGGACCAGCAGUGUUCAUUUGCGCUUUGAGGGGAGGAGGGGUGGGUUUGGGGGCGGGAGUCGGAGAGCAGAAAGCACCCUCACCCCUUCUGCUGGCGGUGAUUGUUCACAGAAGCUGCUACGGUUCGAACUGUAGCUGUAGAAAUCUCGAUUCUCAAAUUGCGACCCAUCCCCAGGCCCUGUUGAAACAGAAAAAACAGACGACCACGCCUCCCUGGCUGGAGACCGUCUCUCCAGUGGACAGAGAGAGGUAAAAAAAAAAAAAAAAAGCCAGGCGGUCUUGGAAUUGUCAUUAUUUGAGAGCAGGUUGAAGAGAGCGUAGGUUUGAGGCGAUGGCCGACCCCUAGCCUUUAAGAGAGCAUUGCAGGGUGCUCCCAGAGGCCACUGGACAGAGAAAAAAGUAGUUUGAGUGUACACAAAAAAACACAGCAAAUGAAAUGCAUGACUGCACCCGUGUAACAGAUUAAUGCAAAACACGCAUGUAGCAAAGUUUGCUGAAUGUCUGAUUCCAUUGAAGGGGGGGGGCUAUCUUUUUUGUCUUUCCUUUUUUUCUUCUUCAAAAGGCUUUUUGAGGCUUUUCGUACAAACUGUCACACAGGUAGUCGUUUGAACAGAAGUUUAAUUCCCCCCCCCCCCCUCACUCUACCGACUGCCUGGAGGAAAAAUUCAGAACCCAAAAUUUUGCCUAUGCCCGUGGACGUGCCCCUCAACACUAUGCAUGGGUGAUAGGGGGGAGGGGGGAGGAGGGAUGGGCUCUGAGGGAGCCUGAAACGACCCAGCUGCCCCUGGGAGCAGAGUCGCUGUAUCUACGCUUGCUCUUGUCUUUAGCCUUGAAGGGUUACAUGCUGUGAGUGAAUGGUGCGUGCGUGAGCGCUUGUGUUACAUUCUCCUUCUCUAGUGUAUGCACUAAUCUAACACGUACGGUCCCUCUUCGCCAAAUGUAUAUACUGAAUGUAUUGUGUGGGGACGUGUAGGCGUCGGGGAUGCAACGAAUAUGGAAAUAAAGUGAAGUUUAUGAGU